AUGCCUCCAAAGCAACAAUUAUCUAAAGCCCAAAAGGCCGCUGCCGCUAUGGCCGGUGGUAAAAAAUCCAAGAAGAAGUGGUCCAAGAAGUCCCACAAGGACAAGGCUCAACACGCUGUCGUUUUGGAUGAAGAAAAGUACGAAAGAAUUUUGAAGGAAGUUCCAACUUACAGAUAUGUUUCCGUUUCUGUUUUGGUUGACAGGUUAAAGCUUGGUGGUUCUUUAGCUAGAGUCGCUUUAAAACAUUUGGAAGAAGAAGGUAUUAUCAAGCCAGUUUCCAAGCACUCCACUCAAUUUAUUUACACCAGAGCUACUGCUGCUGAAUAA